UCACCUGAAGUCGCAGACCGUCAAAAGAGGGUUUCAUUGUCGUUGAAAGAAAAAGGAAAAAGUCUACUCGAAAUGUCUCGUCUUCUUGUUGGUUCGACUUUCAUCUUUGUGUGCUUCUUCUCUGGUUUCGAGGUCGAUGCCUUGACAACAAAAUUCCAUUUCAAUGGAACUUUAACCUGUGGCUUCACAUUGAACUCAACCAGGAUUUGGUUCCAGAAAUUGGUUGUGUAUGAAGCUGAUAGCCUAUCGGAUGAUCUGCUUGGUGAGACGAUUGAAUUCACUAAAUCCAAACCAGGUUACGGUUACAAAAUUGAUUGUGAGGAUCAUGGAGAUGGAAUAUUGGAUAAUAACUAUGAAAUUUACUUCCUAAUCACCCACACCUGUACUUUUUUCCGGAGAGAAGAAGUCAACCAAGAUUCCACUAGCACCUAUCGCUGUUGUUGAUGGAGACGUUUAUCACAGCCAGGAUAUCAGCUUGAGUGAAGAGAAAUAGUUAUGUGCAGCUGGAAAUUAUUGAAAAGUUGAUUGAAUAAAGUUUUAUCAGAGAAU